GGGAUGGGAAAUACGGAGAGCGGGGAACCGGGCGGGGGGUCCGGGCUCUUGCCGCCCCCGCCGGGGAAAGUGCCCAUGCCGGAUCAAGGGGAGCUGGAAGAGAGAUUCGCGAUGGUGCUGAGCUCCAUGAACCUCCCUCCUGACAAGGCCCGUCUCCUGCGGCAGUAUGACAAUGAGAAGAAAUGGGACCUCAUUUGUGACCAGGAAAGAUUUCAGGUGAAGAACCCACCCCACACAUACAUCCAGAAACUGAAGAGCUUCCUUGACCCUGGAGUCACCCGCAAGAAGUUCCGUCGGAGGGUUCAGGAAUCCACCAAAGUCUUGAGGGAGCUGGAGAUCUCUCUGAGGACCAACCACAUAGGGUGGGUGCGUGAAUUUCUCAAUGAUGAAAACAAAGGCCUAGAUGUACUGGUGGAUUAUCUCUCCUUCGCUCAGUGUGCAGUGAUGUUUGAUUUUGAGGGUCUGGAAAGUGGCGAGGAUGGAGCGCUAGAGAAGUUGAAAUCUUGGAGCAGGUCCAUAGAGGAUCUGCAGCACCCCAGCACCCUGUCUGCUCCCUACGCCAACAGCCUUGCUCGCUCUGCGCGUCAGUCUGCUCUCCGAUACACCACCCUUCCCAGCAGAAAAGCCCUGAAAAAUUCGCGGCUGGUGAGCCAGAAGGAUGAUGUCCACGUGUGCAUCCUGUGCUUGCGGGCCAUCAUGAACUACCAGUAUGGAUUCAAUCUGGUGAUGUCACAUCCUCAUGCUGUCAAUGAGAUUGCCCUGAGCUUGAACAAUAAGAACCCCAGGACAAAGGCCCUGGUGCUGGAACUGCUGGCGGCUGUCUGUUUGGUGCGUGGUGGCCAUGAAAUCAUUUUGGCUGCCUUUGAGAACUUCAAGGAGGUUUGCAAAGAGCGACACCGCUUUGAGAAAUUAAUGGAGUAUUUCCGCAACGAAGACAGUAAUAUCGACUUCAUGGUGGCUUGUAUGCAGUUCAUCAACAUCGUGGUGCACUCAGUUGAGGACAUGAACUUCCGAGUGCACCUGCAGUACGAGUUCACCAAGCUGGGUCUAGAAGAAUUCUUACAGAAGUCAAGACACACAGAAAGUGAAAAGCUGCAAGUCCAGAUCCAGGCUUAUCUGGACAACGUGUUUGAUGUAGGUGGGUUGCUGGAGGAUGCUGAGACCAAGAAUGUGGCUUUGGAGAAGGUGGAAGAGUUGGAAGAGCACUUAUCCCAUUUGACUGAGAAACUGCUGGAUUUGGAAAAUGAGAAUAUUAUGCGGGUGGCAGAGCUGGAGAAGCAACUGUUACAACGGGAGAAGGAAUUGGAAAUUGUCAAGGAGACCUAUGAAAGUGCCAGCAACCAAGUCCACACCCUCCGCAGAAUCAUCAAGGAGAAGGAGGAGGCUUUCCGGCGUCACUAUAACUCUCACCCUCCAGGGGGUGACCACCUCCCACUGCCACCCCCUCCAGAAGCAGAGAUAAACUUCAGCGACAUCCCCGAGGAUGACCUGCGCCUCCCAGCGCUGCCUCCUGUGGAGGCUCCUCCUCCAGGGGGUGACCACCUCCCACUGCCACCCCCUCCAGAGCCUCUCACAGAUAAGUGCCCACCAGCCCCACCACUCCCUGGGACAUCCCCCUCUGUGAUACUCAGUAUGGGCUUGUCAGCGAUCCGAAUCAAGAAGCCCAUCAAGACCAAAUUCCGCUUGCCAGUUUUUAAUUGGACAGCACUGAAGCCCAACCAGAUCAGUGGCACAGUCUUCAGUGAACUAGAUGAUGAAAAGAUCCUGGAGGACCUUGACCUCGACAAAUUUGAGGAGCUCUUUAAGACCAAAGCCCAGGGCCCAGCCAUCGAUCUCCUCUGCUCUAAGAACAAGGCAUCGCAUAAAGCUGCCAACAAAGUCACCCUCCUGGAGGCCAAUCGGGCCAAGAACCUUGCCAUCACAUUGCGCAAGGCAGGCAGGACCACGGAGGAGAUCUGCAAAGCAAUCUACACAUUUGACCUGAAGACUCUACCAGUAGACUUUGUGGAGUGCCUGAUGCGCUUCCUGCCAACAGAGAAUGAGGUCAAGCUACUGCGCCAGUAUGAGAAGGAGCGGAAGCCGCUGGAGGAUCUGUCAGAUGAGGACCGCUUCAUGCUGCACUUCAGCAAGGUGGAACGCCUUACCCAACGCAUGGCCAUUAUGGCCUUCCUGGGCAACUUCAAUGAAAACAUUCAGAUGCUGAUGCCGCAACUCAGUGCCAUCAUUGCUGCCUCCGCAUCUGUCAAGUCUUCACAGAAGCUCAAGCGUAUGCUGGAGAUUAUUCUGGCUCUUGGCAACUACAUGAACAGCAGCAAACGUGGCUCUGUUUAUGGUUUCAAGCUUCAGAGCCUUGAUCUGCUGCUGGACACCAAGUCGACAGACCGGAAGCUGACCCUUCUGCACUUCAUUGCCAUGAUAGUGAAGGAGAAAUAUCUGGAGCUGAGCAACUUCUGGCAAGAACUGCACUUUGUAGAGAAGGCAGCUGCAGUAUCCCUGGAGAACGUGCUGUUAGAUGUCAAGGAGCUGGGGCGUGGGAUGGAGCUGAUCCGACGGGAGUGCAGCUUGCAUGAGCACAGCAUCCUGCGCAACUUCUUGAAUGCCAAUGAGGGGAAGCUGGACCGGCUACAAAAAGAUGCAAAGACAGCGGAGGAGGCCUACAACACUGUUGUGCGCUACUUUGGUGAGAGUCCCAAGACAACACCGCCCUCUGUUUUCUUCCCAGUUUUCGCACGCUUCAUCCGAUCCUACAAGGAUGCUGAGCUGGAGAAUGAGUUGCGGAAGAAGCAGGAGCAAGCCCAAAGGGAGCAGGCACUGGCCCAAGAAGCCAAGAGGCUGGAGAAGCGCAACAAGUGGCAGCAGCAAGAGUUGAUUGCUGAGUUGAGGCGGCGGCAAGCCAAGGACCACCGGCCUGUUUACGAGGGCAAAGAUGGAACCAUUGAGGACAUUAUCACUGUGUUGAAGAGUGUUCCCUUCACUGCCCGCACAGCGAAGCGGGGGUCUCGCUUUUUCUGCGAGCCGUCCCACCAUGACGAGCCUAAUUGUUAGCUCGACUCUCCCUCCCCACCAAAGAGUCCUGCGUGCCCUGCCUUUCAAGCUGGCUAAUGCUGCAUCCCAACGGCCAGACUGGCCUAGUUCUCUUCUGCCAAAGAAAC